CUGGCUUAAAUGCUAAAACUGACAACCUCCAGAUUUUAGGUGUUUUUGGACCAGAAGUAUCAGGAACAAAUAGAUCCAAGUUCAGAUAGGGUGGAUCUCUAUGAUUUGUUUAUUCCUGAGGUUGUCUUAACAUGGCUGAAAAUGACAUAGAAAGAAUCCAGACUGAGAAACUCCUAAAAAGAGUGCAAGAACUGGAGCAGGAGGUACAGAGACUUAAAAAAGAACAGGCCAACAACAAGGACUCAAGCGUUAGAGAAAAUUCUUCAGGAGCUGUAAAAGCUAAGCGUGCAUUUGAUUUCAGCGCUCACGGUCGAAGACACGUAGCCCUAAAGAUAGCCUAUCUGGGCUGGGGAUAUCAGGGCUUUGCCAGUCAGGAAAACACAAACAAUACAAUAGAAGAGAAACUGUUUGAGGCUCUAACCAAGACUCGACUAGUAGAAAACAGACAGACAUCCAACUAUCACCGGUGUGGGCGAACAGACAAAGGAGUUAGCGCCUUUGGACAGGUGAUUUCUCUUGACCUACGUUCUCACUUUCCAAAGGGCAAGGAUUCAGAGGAUUUUAAUUUAAAAGAUGAAGUCAACGAUGCGGCUAUAGAGAUCCGUUAUACCCACAUUCUCAAUCGGGUGCUCCCUCCAGACAUCCGUGUACUGGCCUGGGCUCCCGUAGAACCUAGCUUCAGUGCUAGGUUCAGCUGUCUUGAGAGGACCUACCGCUAUUUCUUCCCUUGUGCUGACUUAGACAUUGUAACCAUGAACAAUGCAGCUCAGAAGUACGUUGGCACACAUGAUUUUAGGAACUUAUGUAAAAUGGAUGUAGCCAACGGGGUGAUUAAUUUUCAGAGGACUAUUCUGUCUGCUCAAGUGCAGCUAGUAGGCCAGAGCCUGGCUGAGGAGAGAUGGCAAGAACCCUUUCAGUUAUGUCAGUUUGAAGUGAUUGGCCAGGCAUUCCUUUACCAUCAAGUCCGCUGUAUGAUGGCUAUCCUUUUUCUGAUUGGCCAAGGAAUGGAGAAGCCAGAGGUUAUUGAUGAGCUGCUGAACAUAGAGAAAAAUCCCCAGAAGCCUCAAUACAGUAUGGCUGUAGAAUUUCCUUUAGUCUUGUAUGACUGUAAGUUUGAAAAUAUUGAGUGGAUCUAUGACCGGGAAGUUCAGGAGUUCAAUGUUACCCACCUUCAGCAGCUAUGGGCUAAUCAUGCUGUUAAAACUCAGAUGUUGUAUAGUAUGCUACAAGGACUGGACUCUGUUGCGGUACCCUGUAGGACAGGACCAAAGAUGGAUGGAGUGACAGAAUGGAGAAAUGUUCAGCCCUCUAUCAUAAAGCAGACCAGUGCCUUUGUAGAAGGGGUGAAAAUGCGCACUUAUAAGCCCCUAAUGGAUCGUCCGAAAUGCCAAGGAUUAGAAUCCCGGAUCCAGCAUUUUGUACGUAGGGGACGCAUUGAGCACCCACAUUUAUUCCAUGACGAAGAAACAAAAGCCAAAAGGGACUGUAAUGACACACUAGAAGAAAAUACUCUUUUGGAGAAACCAACAAAGAGAGUUUGUGUUGAUACAGAAAUUAAAAGCAUCAUUUAACCAUAGAGAACUCACCAAGAUCUAGGAGGCAACAAAACACCAUUAGGCUAAAGAAGUUCUUGCUUGAAUAAGAAAGAAUUUAAACAUUCUUUCAUUCCUGUCCAAGAGAAUUAGAGAUGGAAGAAGCAAAAAGCAAUUUUAAAAUGGACGUAUAUUUACAUACACCUGGAAACCUGUGCCUUUUGUUCCAAUUCAUUAAAGCCAGAUCCUGCAAGUGU